AAUUUUGUCUAGUCGGCGGCAUUCCGGAAGAACCGUAAAAGCAAAGUCUCCAUGGAACAACAUGUACAUCUUCCACCACCAGAUCCUGGUGCUGCAGUCAAAAUCCAAAUGUUUUUCGGCCAAGGUCUGAUUUGGAACCUCGAAGAUGCCAUCGAAGUUCGAACCAAACAUCGAAUCCUGGGGAGCUUUAUUGGUUGUCUACCCAAAGCUCCCAGACAAGUUCAGAGAUUCGGAUUGCCAUUACUUUUAAGUUCGGAAGAGUUGUUCGUUUUACUCAAAGAGAAAGUGGCAGUUCUAUUAGAAUACCAAGAUUUAUCAUUAAAGCCAAAUCCUGAUCAAGCCGCGGAGUUUAUGAAAUAUCUGGAGGACAGUUUUCAAGGACAAAUUAAGGCGAGUCAUGAAGAUAAAAUUCAAAAUAUAAAGGAAAACCUGAGUACAAUUUUGGACGGAAAAAGGAAGAAAGCCCUCUCUAGUGGAAAAGCAAUUGCGGACAUAAGGGAAGAGUCUGUGUUUCAAGAUGAGAUAUCCAAAUUAAAGCCUUUGCCUGAGGAUCAUAUGGCAGUUCAAACUUUUAUUGAAGAAAUUUGGCAAGGCCGUUCAAAGAUAGUUCCUGAUUGGAAUUUCCCGACGACCUCGAUGGAGAGACUGAGAUCUCAAGCUUUUUACUUGCUUUGGCAGGAAGGCUUUCAUCUGACUGAUGGUGAUAAAUUCGGCGGAGACUUCUUGGUUUACAACGGCAGUCCGCAAGAUCAUCAUGCCAGGUUCAUUGUGGUUUGCUUGUCAAAACAGCCCGAAGAUUUGUCACCAAAUGAAGUUGCAGCCAAAUAUCGUUUGGGCACAACCGUGAAGAAAACAGUAUUAUUGGCGUUUUUCUCACCGAACGAACCAAAUCAAGUGCUGUUUCAGUCAGUAGAAUCAUCAAAUUCAAAUUUAAAAUAAAUGUCUCUAUUUCUGCUUA